GUGGACGGGGAGGUGGGUUUAGGCUGGGUCCGGGACCCCAAGGAAUUUCCCCACACGAAGCCCAUCGGGUUGGGUGUCUGGGGUCCUCAGGCGCAGCCGCGGGGAAGCUGCCCCUCCUUCCUACGCCCACUGCCCCCCCACACACACCACGCCCUCCACUACUCAGCGCGCUGCCGCCUCCGCCUCCCGGGUCUGCAUCCUGCGCGCGCGCCCCCUUCUCCCCCGCCCGCGGCCGAGGGGCUGGCCAGCCUCCCCGCGCCGCCGCCCUCCGCCGCCUCCCCUCGUCUGUCCUCCGUUCAGAGCCGCCGCGGCGCUCCCACCCGGCCCCACCCCAGGAGACCGAGCGUGGAGCGGCUGGAGGCCGGAGCCAGAGGUGCGGUAUGGACAAGAGGGACAAGUCCAGGGCAGGGGUGGCCGGUCGUACGCCGGCUUCUCGCUCUCCCGGCCUUCCGACCCCCAGGCCCCCUGGAUCUCCACGACCCCCUCCCCCAGUAACCAGCGCGGCUCUCCGCGUUCUGGGAGCAGCGGGAGCUGCAGGGCGAGGGCCUCUUGCAGAGCAAGCUGGUGGCAUCCGGGCAACUGCUCUCGCGGACGCUUCCCCUAGGGUGGGACAAACGCGGAGCGCUGGGACAGGCCCCCGAAGCCCAGCCUCCAGACCCCCAGGAGCUGGGAAAGGGGAGCGAGCCCUUGCCAAGACCCCAGGUCCAAGCUGUGUCUCUAGCCCGGGGCGUGCCAGUGGACCUACCAGGCUAGGCUCCCCAGGGCAGAAGGGGCUCCGGCCCCCAGCUGAGGAAUCUGUGGCCAGAGGAAAAGCCCCAGAAGCGCCCAGAAGGAGUGCCCUGAGUGCCGGGGCACGGAAAGACUCUUCUGGGUCCACCCCAGCCAUCCCCUCCCCGGCCAUCUCCCGUCGGUCCCGGGCUGUGGGCAUUGAGGUGGGUGUCCCCAGGGCAGCUCCGAGUACCCGGCCGAGACUCCCGACUGAGGCUUCGAGGAAAUCAGUGAGCACCGCCCCAGAGCGCAGUGCUCCAGAGCGCAGCGCCCCAGAGUCGAGCCCUGCCGCCAGGAGGAGAUCCAGCGCCGGUGGAGGCCUCCAAAGGCCAACUGCGCGCCCCGUGGGCUCUACCGCCACCCCUCUGUCCUCCCCAGCUCGCUCCGGGGUCUCUCAGACUGGAACACCUCGGGCUCUGGGGCAUCCUUCGCAACCCAAGUCCAAAGGACUGCAGGCUCUACGCCCUCCGCAGGCCACACCCCCAAGGAAGAGCGCGGCUCCUGUGAAGGGCCUUACUCCUCCUUUGGCCACAUCCUCUCUUCCCUGUCCCACCGCAACGCCUCCCGGAAUCACUGCCGCUCCAGUGCAGGGCUUGCUCCCACCCUCUCCACAGACCACACCCCCUUCCCCGGCCCCUAUCUUUCAUUUGGCCACGCCCCCUCAACUAGCUCCUCCUUCCUCUGCCCCACUCUCUCUGCAGACCCGCCCCUCUCUGCCGGCCACACCCCCCUUGCAAGCUCCACCCACACACCUGAGUACAUCCUUUCCCGAGGCAUCCUCCUCUUCCUUGGCCACGGCCACUUUUUUGACUUCAGUCUGUCAAUCAGUUUCACCUGUUCUGCAGAGUAAGCCGCUCACUGAGGCUUCUUUGGCUUUACCCCCGUUUCCAGCUCUACCCUCUCCCUUGGCCACACCUCCUUUGUCUAGUCCUCUACCACCAGCCACUGCCCCUCUACAAACCCCUCUAUCUCUAGGAACAUCUCUGAGGAACACGCCCACUCCCCUAGCCACACCCCCUCUGCAGGCUCCUUCCGUUCUGACCACGCCCCCUUCUCUGACCUGUUCUACCCUAUCUCCACCUCUUCAGGCCACGCCCCAUGCACUGACUACACCUCCCACACAGGACCCUCCCCUGGCCACAUCCCCUCCUCAGUCCUCUGCCCCUCAGAUCACAUUCCCCUUGCAGGGUCCUCUCCCUCUAGGAUCGCCGUCUUCUCUGGCUACUCCUCUGCUACAGACCCCACCUCUGACCACUCCUUCUAUUCAGGCCACGCCUUCUAUACAAGCCUCAUCUCUGGCCUCACCACUUCUGCAGGUCCCUCCCUCUCCACUGGCUGUGCCUCCUCCACACACUCCAUCUUCUCUGGCCACGCCCCCUUUACAGGUUACUCCUUCUCAGAUUCUGCCCCCUCUGCGGGCUCCACUUUCUCUGGGCUCACCCCCUCUGCAGACCACGUCUUCUUUCCUGGCUAUGCCCCUUCCGAAGGUCCCUCCUUCUCCUUGUGCUUCACCUGCUCUGCAAGCCCCUUUCUCUCCCUCUGCUUCACUCCCUCUGCAAGACCCGCCCUCUCCCAUGGUCACGCCCCCUCCGCGGGCUCCGCCUUCUGCGGCUUCGCCCCCUCUUCAGGCCCUUCCCUCUCCCUGUGCUUCACCUCCUCUGCAAGCCCCUCUCUCUCCCCCUGCUUCACCCCCUCUGCAAGACCCGCCCUCUCCCAUGGCCACGCCCUCUCCGCGGGCUCCACCUGCGGCUUUGCCCCCUCUUCAGGCCCCUCCCUCUCCCCGUGCUUCGCCUGCUCUGCAAGCUCCUCUCUCUCCCCCUGCUUCACCCCCUCUGCAAGACCCACCCUCUUCCCUGGCCACGCCCCCUCCUCGGGCUCCUUCGUCUCUGGCCUUGCCCCCCUUGCAGGCCCCUCCCUCUCCCCCUGACUCACCCCCUCUGCAAGCCCCACGCCGGCCCCCAACCCCGGGACCCGAUGCUCCAAUCUCGGGGCCACGGCUGACCCUGGCGUUGGCUCCGGGCCCACCUCCACCGCCCUCGCGCAGCCCGUCCAGUACGCUGAGUGGCCCGGACCUGGCGGGCCACAGUAGCAGUGCCACCAGUACGCCGGAGGAGCUGCGCGGCUACGACAGUGGGCCGGAGGGCGGCGCUGCAUCCUCCCCGCCUGCCGAUGCAGAACUCGCCGCCUGCCACCCGGCUGCUUGGAGCCGGGGUUCCGCUCCGCCGCUGGCCAUCCGCGGCCCCCCAGGAGCGCCCCUGCCUUGGUCUCCUGCGGCCGGGUCGGGCUCUGCUGACGGCUUGUGCACCAUCUACGAGGCUGAAGGACCAGAGUCGGCGACCUCCGCCACAGGUGCACUGGAUCCGGGACCCGGGCCUGGCGCAGGCGGUGCAAAGGCGGCGACUGCGGCUGGGGCCGGAGCGGCUUCACGGGGCGCGAAGCCGGCGCGCCUGGGCGAACUGCCGCUGGGGGCGCUGCAGGCGAGUGUGGUUCAGCACCUGCUGAGCCGGACGCUGCUGCUAGCUGCAGCCGAGGGUGCCCCGGGUGGCAGCAGCGGUGGCCCAGGGGGCGCAGGGGGUGGCGGCAGCGCGGGGGGUGCCCGUAGUGCCCUCAGUGAGGCCGAACUGGGUCGCUGGGCUGAACUAUUGUCUCCCCUGGACGAGUCCCGCGCCAGCAUCACCUCGGUCACUAGCUUCUCCCCAGACGACGUGGCUUCCCCACAGGGUGACUGGACCGUAGUGGAGGUGGAGACCUUCCACUGAGGCAGACCCUAGCCCUGCCCGCCCACCCCACCCCACCCCACCCCACCCCUGGCUUAGGAUCCGCCCCUCAGGUUACACGUUACACCUCUUUGUUUUAGAUUUGCCCCUCCCCUCCUCCCGGAGUUCGGGCCCCUUGUGGAUUGGCCUCAGUCCCCUAGAGCUCUAGAAUUUUGGUCCAGGUUCGCGACCCACCCACACCUUUGGCUAAGGCCCUCCUCUUGAGACUCCCUGCCCCUUUAGCCUAGGACACGCUCCCGCUCACCUCGAGUCCGGUCCCUCCCUCGGCCAAGGCCCUGUCUGGUGUCCAGUGUAUUGUCUACAGCGCACAGCCCAACUUUGCAAUAAAGCCCAAACACUGAA